AUUGAAACCCUUGGAGUGAUGAGACGUAGCAAUCGGUAUUUAAUUGCUAAAAUGUUUUGUAAAUAAAAAAAUAAAUUUGGCCAGUAUUGUGUCGAAAAGCAACGAUCAUACAUCGGUGGUGUGAUUGCUUUCUUGGCCUGGCGUUCUUGGAUUGAAACGGAAAAUGGUUUACCAUUCGGUUUUUGUUGUCUUAACGAUAUGGAUAUCGAUAUCAUCCAAUGCGGCUCUCGAAGAUUUUAAUGCAACGGGAGAUGAUUCGGAUUACUUGACGGUGUUGAACGACCGUGGUGAGACAGUGUACAUCACGAGAGAACUUUUGAAUAAGCUCAUAGACGAGGCAGGUACUUGGCACUGGAAGCCUUGGCUGAGGACCAAGACAGAGAUGCUCGGGAAUAUUAUUCAAGAAGUGGAACGCAUUGCACAGGACUCUGUCGAACAUUUUCCCGACAGCAUUUUCACGGAUGAACAACUACGGCAGGGUGCGUUCUUAUGCUACGUAAUGUUCGGCAUUUAUUCAUUCACUUUGCUGGCCAUUGUGUGUAAUGACUACUUCAUACCAUGCGUCGAAAUGAUAUGCGAAGACUUGAAGAUACCUCAGAACGUGGCAGCGGCUACAUUCAUGUCGGUUGCCACGUCAUGCCCGGAGUUCUUCGUCAACGUGAUAUCGACUUUCCUUACGCAGUCCGACAUGGGCAUAGGAACCAUAGUCGGUUCAGCCAUAUUCAAUCUAUUGGGAGUCGCUGCAAUUGGGAGUCUUGCAGCUGUAACACCGAUCGCAAUAGAUUUUCGCCCAGUAACAAGAGAUGUGAUUAUAUACAUGAUGACCGUCGGGGUGCUCGUGGCGAUAGUGUGGGACGGCCAGGUGGUCUGGUAUGAGGCACUGGUCCUUGGCAUACUUUACAUAUGCUACUUCAUCUUCAUCUUCAACAGUAUGAAAAUUUUCGACCUCAUCGAGAGGUUGUUCAUGGCUUGCAAACAGAAAGGACCAUCGAAUGACACCGUGAACACCGCGAACACCGCGAACACCGUGACCACCAUUAGUAAGUCGAUAGAAGAGAUAACUGAAGAGAAGGACAUAAACAAUACUGAAUCGCAAGUGAAUGAAAUUUCAAGCAAUGGAAAACCUGUCAUCGAUCAUAAGGAAGAAGAAGCCGUGGUGAAACCAAAGAAAAGUGUAUUUCGAUUCCCAAAAGAGAACUCAAUGACCUACAGGAUAUGGUGGGUUUACACAUGGCCACUCAAGUUAUUGCUUAGUGCAACCAUACCCUCGCCCAUGACCUACAGAAGAAUAUACCCGCUGUCCUUCUUAAUGUGCAUCAUUUGGAUCGGCGUUAACUCCUACUUAAUCUCUUGGAGCAUGACAGUGAUAGGGCAUACGUUUUAUAUCCCUGAGUCGGUGAUGGGCAUGACCUUCCUCGCGUUCGGCGGCUGUUUGCCUGAAGCUUGCUCCAUAUUCAUCAUGUCCAGGAGAGGCGAAGGAGGAAUAGGCGUAUCCAACGCCUUAGGAGCCAAUACUCUAGCGAUUUUAUUCGCCCUAGGGUUGCCCUGGCUCAUUAAGACCCUCACAUUGCUGGUGCAGGGUUACGACACUGCAGUCACGAUCAACUCGGCGGGCAUCGACUUCAUCGUCGGCUCUCUAUUGGUGGCUGCUUGUUGUCUGUGGAUAGCCUUGUACAUCGGAAAAUUCAAGCUGAGAAGAAGUGUUGGAUUUCUAUUGGCAGCAUUGUAUUUAAUUUUUAUCACAUUUGCGAUACUUGUCGAAAUGGGAAUCAUUUUGGACAGAGAAGGGUUUUGAAGCAUUUUCUGAGAAAAUGGACUAUAUUUCGUGCUUUUUUCAAUUGGGAACGUAUGCAUGCAGCGGUUGUGCAUUUUUCUCACUUAGUUUUUUGGCACCCGCUCUUGAUUGGGAUACGACCGCUUAUUAAAUCUUUUCAUUGUCAUACAAAACUCAAGUCAGGGGGCACGGCAAGACGAGCCCCCGUCAAGACGAGCCAAACGGCGGAUUCGUUUUAUACACAAGAUGAUGACCACCCCGCUGGGACCGUUCCCAUCUGAGAUGCAGACUAUGUAUUAUAAAGUAUUCUCAAUAGUUCAGGUAUAGGAUUUUGCAUUUAAAUGUCGUGCCUUAGGUACUUGACGUGUUAGGUACGUAACGAGAGAUAUCAUUUUCUAUUAGUAUAUAUACUAGUCGAAUGGACAGAAUUCCAUUGUUAUAUUGUGAUUUUAAUUCUAGUUAAUUUUAUCGUAAACUGAGUGAAGCGAGGCUCUUGAGAGUUAAAAUACAUUGUAGGUAUU